AAUACGUCGCGAGUGCAGUGGCUGUAUACAAUUCUAUUUUUUUUAAUAAAUAUUUUUUGUGAGUGCAACAUGUUACGUCAGUGCGUUACGUUGGCAGUAUUGGGGUGUGUUUUCGCGGUUCCCGCCCCGCAACACCAAUACCAACCUCAGCAUCAACAACAGGCUGGAGGAUUUGACCCACAUCUCCUGAGACAGUACCUCGCCGACCAACACGGUGCGGCGCCGGCGGCCGCGCAAACACAAGUCAUCCCCAGACCCCAACACGUACAGCAAGCAGUGCCCAGACCCGCUCCCCAACAACUAUACACGGUCCAAAGCGAGGCCCAAUACCAGCCACAGCCCCAAUACCAGCCACAGCCACAACAGCAGUACAGGCAGCCGCAGCACCAGCCCCAAUACCAGCCCCAGAGGCAGCAGGAACAGCGCGAGCCAGAGGAAUAUGAUCCUCAUCCUUCUUACCAGUUCGGUUUCGACGUGAACGACGACCAGUACACCAACUACCAGAACCGUAAGGAACAGAGAGACGGUGACGUCAUCAAGGGCUCCUACUCCGUGGUCGACAGCGAUGGCUUCGUCAGGACAGUCACCUACACUGCUGACCCUAAGGAGGGUUUCAAGGCUGAGGUAUCAAGACAGCCCACAGACAUCGUAGUGAAGAUCCCUACUCCCAAACCCCAGCUUCUCCAGCCCCAAGUACAGCACGCUGGCCACGCCCAGCCCCGGCCACAGCCACCACAACCACAACACGCUGCCCCACAACAGUACUACCGUUACGAACAAUAAGCUGUUAAACACUUGUCUACAUAUUUAUUGUGUUUAGGGAAAUUAGAAUCAAAUUAUAAGAAAAUAAAGAUAUUUUUUAAUUGACAACAUCAUGAUGAAGAUACAUGGUGAUUUUGUUUAGAGCGGUAAAAUUGUAAAGUAAUUUACGGUAAUUGUAAAAAUUUUACCGUGAACAACUGUGAGUUUUAAGUUAAAAUAUUAAUAAAAAGACACCUUAAAGGUCAGAUCUCAAGCCAUAUUUGACCGAUAGAAAGAAAAUGGUGUUUUUGCCAAAUUGGUUUGAAAUUAUCGAGUCAUAUUUUAGUAAUUCAAACCAAUAUCGCAUAGAUAAUGUAGACAUUUUUAUUCUUAGUUAGUUUGUAUAAUAUAGCUGUAUGUGGAUACUCUAUGCCUCGUAAAUUAAGUUAUGGAUGACAAUGAGUAGGUAUUUGAGUUAUAGCUAAAAUUUAAAUAAGGAAGU